GUUGACAUGCAUGGUGUUAGUCUACUAUUGAUCUGUUUGCUGAGAGCAGCUAGAGCAGCGAGCUCUCAGGUGUUCCACACUGACAGCCUUACUCGAGACUGUUUUAGAGAUAAUGUGUGAGAGAUUAAAGAUGCAAGGAGCUGAGAUUUUGGACUAUGCUUGCUGAUGUUUCCCAGGAACCUGUAGACCAUGACAUCUCUCACAACACCAACACUUGGCAAAAUGGUUUAGAUGGUAGCGUGGGGGGCAGUGGUGGCAGCAGCACUGGGGGGAUGACAACUAUGUCUCAUUGUCCCGAUGCACCACCCAGUCCCGAACCUGCUACCAAUGCCCCCUGUACCCCUGCAUCAUCUUGCUUCCUCACCCUCAGCCGUAAUUGCAUUGGGGCAAGCUCUAAUGAAUGUGUUACUGUCCGAUGGAAUUUGCCACAAGAUCAAGUAUCUCCGUCUGAUUGGCUUGGCCUCUAUUUAGCAGGUGACUGCAGUCCCGAACUGUGUGUGGAUCAGAGACGGAUUAAUGGGCAGUCGGAGGGAGAACUAUGCUGGACCAUCGAUGUUCCUGCACUCUUGCCAAGAAAUGUAGGGAAUAUAGUAAUCUGUUACCACAGUGGAGAAGAGAGCAGUAAUGCAUGUUUGGGGUCAUCUGCGGUGCUACGUGUUGUAAGAUUAAGUGAUGGGUCUGCCUCUGACUCGUCAGAAGAUGAGACCCUUCAUCCAUCAUUGACCCUGCAGCGCUCUCUCUCCUGCAUAAAGUUUAUCCAUUUCACACUUUCAAAUAUUUCUGCUCAUGGACUGCGGAGAGGUAUAUUUUUCCAACCCGACCCUUAUGUGAAGCUACGUAUACUUCCUGGUGAAUCCCAGACACUGUUACCUCAUCAUGGGCAGGAAUCCCGAUCCUCUGUGGUGGAGAACACCAUAAAUCCAUCUUGGAAAAGACAGGAAUUCACCUUUGUUGCAUAUUUACAUGAUGUAUUGGAAGUUGAAUUAAAGGACAAGUUUGCUAAAAGUCGGCCUAUCAUCAGUCGUUUUCUUGGUCGACUUACCAUCCAGGUAGCUACACUCAAAGAACGUGUUAAAAGUGGAUUAUCAGGGAUUAUAGACUUUCCAUUAAGUAGCAAGAAUACAGCAGAUUCAGUGUCUGGCCACGUGUACUUCACAGUAACGUUCGCUCUUCCAUCAAAUGCUGCAGGGAUCUGCACAGGCCAUGGUGGACUGGAGUGCCCUGGAGAGCAAGAUGCAAUGCAACUGAAGGCUAAUACACUAAUUGACACUUGUGGUGAUGAAGAGUUAAUUACUAAUGGCCAUUUAGGAUAUAGGAAACAUAUCAUGAGGUCAAAUAAUAAUGUUACAGUAAAUAAUGGAAUUAGUACAAGUUUAGGGGAUGAAGUUGUUUUAAAUGGGGAUGUGAUACUUGAUGAAGUGAGGGCCAACAGUGAUGAACGGACAAAUACCAGUAGUAGAGAGUCGGAUUACUCUCCAAUAUGGAAGUAUUCAUGUAAAGUUCCUAAUGUUACCAGUCAAAUAAAUCCAGGUGAGUCCAAUGGUGGGGAAGAAGCCAUAUAUGAAACUGUGUACCCAGCUGAAGACUAUCAGAAUCAGGAUGGAGAUCUUGCUGCUGUUGGUAGCGAAGUGAGUGGGGCAUUGAACAGUGAGUCUAGUCAACCAGUAAGUGAUGAGGAUUCCCCGCCUCCUCUUCCACCAAGGACUAAAUCCCUUCAGAAGUCUUUUGCAGAUUCUGGUCAUCGGCCAUUAGAGCGCUCCAUGGCAGUUCAGCUUGGUCUUCCCCCACCAUUUCCCACAGUGGUUAAAAAGCGCCCAAUGCCACUACCAACUACUGUAGGAAAUGGACAGGCCAACACAUUAGCUGGAACUGGUACACCUGGGAAAGUUUAUAAUGGUGUGAAUGAACAGAGUGUUAGACCAAAGGCUACCCAUCUUAGUGCCAGCUCUCAGUCUAGUGGUGAUAGUGAAAGUAGUGGAGCAAGCUUUUGGGAGGGUAAAAGAAUGCAGUAUUCCAUGGAAGGAUCAUUUUCCUAUGACAUUGUUGAUUUGGAUGAUGCUUUACAAGUUUCUGAAACAUUGCAUAAUCAAAUUGAUGUAGAUAGUCAGUGCCAAGCUACAGAAUCUUCAACUCAGGGACCUCAUUCAUCUUUGCAAUCAUCUUCUUGUGCUUCCAUGGAAAGUGAACCUUCAGAGGAUAUAAUUAGACCUUCCAUGUUUCAAAAUGCUCUGGAUGAAGUUUCCACUACACUAGAAGGGAAAUUUUCAAUCGAUGCUGCUGGUGCUUGUAGUACCGUGGCACCACUUGCAACACCAGAACAAGAUUCAAGUCUUCUUCAGGAAACAACUUCCACAGACACACUAUUAGAAAAUUCUGAUGAAACCUUGGAACCAGAUUUCAAUGUGAAUUAUAGUGAAGCAUGCCUAACUAAAUGUCCUGAUAAUGUCAACAGUGAUAGUGAAAAUGCUACCUAUGAUGCUAGUGUACCGUGUGUUGAAAGCUUUAAAUCCCACAGACAUUCUUUUCCAGAAAUGGUAAAUAACCAAAGUGAUUCUGUAUCUAGUCCAAUUAAUAUAACAGGUGAAUGUGAUAUGCUGUUCAGUACUCAAGAAAGGGAAAGCACAGCGCUGGAAAAUAUUAUAAGUGAUGCUACAAACCAGUUGAGUAUAGCAGCAGAAAGUGUAAAUAAUUAUGAUGAACAAGGUGAAGAGUCUAGAAUGGCUGCUAGUUGCCUUAGUCCUAAAUCAGAUACACUACAUUCUGAUGGCCUUGAUCAGGAAGGCAUAGCAAUGCUUAGAGUUGCAAGAGAGGGAUCAAUCUCGGCUCGCUCGCCAUCUCCAAGACUGAGCGAUUCCCUCCAGGUAUCUAGUUCUACCUCUGAAUCUAUGUCACCUAUUAGUGGAUCAGUGACUUGUUCUGUGUCUUCUCAAGCUGGUGAGGAUGGCAGAAGAGGCUCUGAAUCAACUUGCAUGGUGAUAAGUACUGAAAGUUCAUCCUCCAAUUCUGUCUUUGCAAGUCCUACUACAGAAACAAAUGAUUUGAAUGUUGAAUCAUUAGCAUCUGCUUCAUUCCCUGUGGAUCUGAACAUUCCAUCAGAUUCUUCAAAGGAGUCCCAUACUAUAACUCAGGACUCCCAGGAACCUAGUGUAAGACCUCGAAAAGACCAAACUUGCCAGGGAUUGAUCACAAAUGAAGAUGAAGAUAUUCCACCUGCUGUUCCACCACAUAAGCCACACCAUCGUCUCUUGAAAGCUUUAGUUCACCCACCCCUUUGUCCUCCAACUCCAACACAUCAUGCCAAACCUCAGCCUCCAGAACGUACAACUAGUGAUAAAAGAGAAAAAGAAGCAAGUAAUAUGGGAAAGGAAGAUGGACGUGAGAGAGAGGAGAAACCUGGAUCCUCUCAUCAUCCCAAAUUAUCCAGACAGCCAUCUCUUCGUGAUUGGCUUAGAAGAUACCCAAAGGUGGAGGUAGCUUUUGAUGAGCCUCUUCCUUCAAAUGUAGAAGCUCGGAAAGACAGCCAUGGGAGAAUUUUCUUUAUAGAUCAUGUUGCCAAAACAACAUCAUGGGAAUGGCCUCCUCCAAAGCCAUUAUCAACCCACCGUCCUUUGUUCUUCGUACCUCAGGUGGACAAUGAAAAAAGACGCUCUUUAUGUGAAAGUGGAGAGAGUGAGUGUAGUGGGAGUCGGACUAGUAGUCGUGUAGUUACCCCAGAACCAUCCACUCCAACAUCUGCAUCAGGUAUGCUGCCUGAAGAAGUUUGUAUAAGUCCUGAAAACUGUGAUGAUGGAGCUCUCAUGCAAUCACCAUCACCACCACCACCACCACCAACAAUGUCUCCGCCUCUCUCUCUGAGUGAGUUAACAAAUAGUACCAGUGGAGGAUCGGGGACAGUUAUAAAUGGGGCAAUAGCUGCUCCAUUAGCAAAUGUCAUGGCAAUGUCAACAGUAGCAGCAUUACCAGGAGCAACUGCACUAUUAUCAGAAUCAAAUAGUGACAGAAGAAGGCAAGAAGAUGACAAAGAGACUGACGAUGAAAAAGCUCCGACACCACCACCCCGUCCACAUCAUCGACUUGCUCGCCCAUCACCGCCACUCCCACCACCACUUCCUCAACAGUGUCCCCCUACACCCACACAUCAUGCUCGACGCCCUCACCAUUCCAUUGCUAAUGAUCAGGAUGUUGGUGGACAUACGGAGCGCCACAGUCGAACCAUGCGGUUACCGUCCAUUCCAGAAAGAACUAUCAAAUUCCAGAGAGUUGAAAUUCAACCUGGCGAAGAGCCAUUACCAACCAACUGGGAGGCACGCAUUGACAGUCAUGGGCGAAUUUUCUACAUUGAUCAUGUCAAUAGGACAACUACAUGGCAACGACCUUCAGGUAACGACACAGCCCAGACUCAAAGAAAUCAGUCCACAAAUCAGCUCCAGAGACAACAAUUGGAUAGAAGGUACCAGAGCAUCCGCCGGACAAUUACCUCCAGGAGAAUGGAGAUGGAUGAUUUCAGUGCAUCAGGUUCUGCUACUCUCUCUUGUUCCACUUCUACCCCAGCACUUGCUUCCUCGUCAUCAGUUCCAGCCUUAUCAUCAUCCACAUCAACUUCCACUAGCAAUGUGACUACACCAACAUCCAUCUCAAGUAUUUCUUCCUGUACUAUGACUUGCACAUCAACAUCUGUUCAGUCUCCUUCAUCCUCAACUUCAUCUGCCAGUUCUUUUACUCUUUCAACAUCCUCCACCACCCUUCCUGCUCCUUCAUCUUCCGCGUUUCAUCCUCCACCUUCUAAUUCUGGAUCAUCCACAUCAUCCUCAUCUGUGACCAGUGAUAGAAUGGAUAUGUUGCUUCAGUUGCCAGCAGUGAAGUUUCUUACGAGAUCUGACUUCUUCAGCGUCCUACAUAUGAAUGAUGAAGCCUGUGCAGUCUAUGAAAGAAGUGCAUCCCUUCGGCAUAUGAUUUCCAGAGUGCGACGUGAUCCAGCAGCAUUUGCACGUUACCAGCACAACCGUGACCUUGUCAAUCUUGUUAAUUUAUUUUCAGAUAAAGAACGUGAUUUGCCUCUUGGAUGGGAAGCUAAAUAUGAUCGUUCAGGGAAGCUAUUCUUCAUUGAUCACUCCAGUAAAACUACAUCAUUCAUGGAUCCCAGACUUCCCAUUGAUGCUCCUUUUAUAAAUGCAAGCAAGUUAGCAUUGCCAAAUCAUCAUCGCAGAUCACGUUCUCCUGGAGAUGAGGAUGCUGCCCGGGUUCCCAUUCCCCCGCCACGCCCACCUACCACAAUUGGCAGUGUUUGUGGUGGCAUCGCUGCACACGUCACCCCUAACAUUCCUACUGCCUACAAUGACAAGGUGGUUGCUUGGCUUCGUCAGGCCAACAUUAUGGAUAUUCUCUGCGAGAGGCAUAGUGGUCUUCGUACUUCACCAGCCCUCAGAGACAAGGUCACAGCUAUUAGAGUUGAUGGCACCACAGCAUUGGACAGACUCAGUCACGAUGUUGACCUUACCAUAGUACUUAGUUUGUUUGAACAUGAGAUCAUGUCGUAUGUGCCACCAACAAUUGGUAUAUCUCCUCGUGGCUCCCCACAACCAUCUCCUCAAGCCUCACCAGGACUGGCAAGGGCAAAUGCUCGUGCACCAGCCCCGCACAGAAGGGACUUUGAGGCAAAGCUCAGGAAUUUUUAUAGAAAACUCGAAGGCAAAGGCUAUGGGCAAGGUCCAAGUAAACUCAAGCUCAACAUACGGCGUGAUCACUUGCUAGAGGAUGCAUUUAAUAAGGUUAUGGGAGCCAGUAAGAAGGAUCUUCAAAAGUCAAAAUUAUACAUAACAUUCUAUGGGGAAGAAGGACUUGAUUAUGGUGGACCAUCUCGAGAAUUUUUCUUCCUUCUAUCCAGAGAACUCUUUAAUCCUUAUUAUGGCCUGUUUGAAUACUCUGCAAAUGAUACAUACACAGUGCAGAUUUCUCCCAUGUCUGCAUUUGUCGACAACUACCAUGACUGGUUCAGGUUUUGUGGGAGGGUGCUGGGCCUGGCUCUAGUUCAUCAGUAUCUGCUUGAUGCAUUCUUUACCAGACCAUUCUACAAGGGUCUACUACGCAGUCCUGUGUCAUUAUCGGAUGUAGAGUCUCUAGAUUCUGAGUUUCAUCAGUCUCUCUUGUGGGUGAAAGACAAUGACAUCACAGAUAUGUUGGAGCUCAACUUUUGUGUUACUGAAGAGAUAUGUGGGCAUGUGGUUGAAAAGGAUCUCAAGCCUGGUGGGAAAAAUAUUGCUGUUACUGAGAGAAAUAAAAAGGAAUAUCUGGAAAGAAUGGUGAGAUGGCGCUUGGAGCGAGGGGUAAGCGAACAGACAGAGAACAUGGUUCGUGGCUUCUAUGAGGUUAUUGAUCCCCGUUUGGUUGGAGUAUUUGAUGCCAGAGAAUUGGAACUGGUUAUUGCUGGCACCCUGGAGAUUGAUGUUGCUGACUGGAGGAAGAAUACAGAAUACAGAUCAGGUUACCAUGAUUCUCACCCUGUGAUCCAGUGGUUUUGGUUAGCCAUUGAGCGUUUUGACAAUGAGCGUCGUCUACGAUUAUUGCAGUUUGUUACAGGCACCUCCAGUGUGCCUUAUGAGGGCUUUGCAGCUCUCAGAGGCAGUAAUGGACCUCGCCGAUUCUGCAUUGAGAAGUGGGGCAAACCAUCUAGUUUACCCAGAGCUCACACAUGUUUCAACCGUCUUGAUCUCCCGCCUUAUCCUUCUCCGGAGAUGUUGUACGACAAAUUGCUCUUGGCUGUGGAAGAAACAUCAACAUUUGGCAUUGAGUAAUCAUAUCUUAGUGCUAUAAAUUGAUUAACAGUUGAUGUGUGUAUAUUUAACUGACUGUCAGUGAUGGAAUAACGUGUAGGAACCUUAUUUUUUGUGAAGUCUGGUGAAUUGUUAAUAAUGCUAACACAUUGUUAUCAGGUAUUUUAAGCCUCAUUAAGAGUUUUCAAAGGGGGUCUCUCAUGAAAUAUUAUGACCUACCAUUAUUUUUCAUAUGGUGUACUUUAUGAAAGUAAAUCAUGCAUGAUCCCUUCCCUGUGAUGUAGUUCCCACAGUCUGACUUUAAUAGUCAUACCUCUUGCCAGUGCAGUAUGUAAGAUUAAUUUGAUAUAUAUUUUACAGCUUAUAAUAUGCAGAUUGUCUGGAGAUAAAGUUCAUUCAUGACAAAAUCUCUUUCCUUUACAAAAGUUCAAUAUUCUCAUGGAUUUUAAAGAUUUCAUCAUGUAUUUUAUAAAGCUUCAUACUUUCUUUUUUACUUGAUUAUGUACUUCAUUCAGCCUGUAUAUUUAGCCAUGCUGAGUGAAUUUUAGAGCUUAUAUUUCUAUCUUUGAGUGAUUUAUCUCUACUCCACUGUACAAUAUAAACAAUUUCUGAAUGUAUAAAUUUGAUUUAUAUUUAAUCAGUUUUGCAUUAAAAGAUUUUAAUCUGUGCUAUAACUCCUCCUGUCUUUUAUGUUUUUCUCUGAAUAUAUGAUUAUUCACUUUGUAGACAAGGAUACUCUUCAGUUAAUUGAUUUUCAUUUAGGGUAGAGCCAUGCAUCAAAGAAGUGGCUCGUAAGUGUAGGCAUUACAAAGGCCAGUUUUUAAAGUAUUGAUAUAUAGUCACUAAGUUUAUAUUUAUUUAACAUGAAUAAUUGGCAUUGCCCGGAAAGGCCAAUUUCAUGUAAGUGAUAAUAGUAUUGUAAUUUGUAAAUAAUUCAAAAUAAGGGAGUUUAAGCUCUCCUGUUCUUUUUUGUAGUUUAAUUUAAGACAGCUUUCUUGACUUAGAGAUUAGGAUAGAUGGCAGCUAGGAAAGGUCAUUAUAUUUGCAUUAUAUACAAGUAUGCGUGUACAUAUAUGUGUUUGUGAAAAGUGAGUAAUAUAACGAGCAGUGAUACACAGUGUCAUUAUACAGUAUUCACUGUCACACCCAGCAAUAACAAACUCUCCAGGAAGAUGUUCGAGUUAUCUCCAUAGUAACUUAUGGCUUUCCUCUUGGCAAGUUUAUACAAAAAAUUUUAACAUUAUAGUCAGUUCUACAUACAGUAUACUUUUAUUUAAAUGAAAAUAAUUGUAAGAAAUACAAAUUUUACCAUUUCUGUAAAUUUACAUUGUGUGUGUGGGGGUGUGUGUACACACACAUACACAUACAUGCAUACAUGAGAAUAAUCACACUAUAUCACUUAUAUGAUCAAACUCAAGUUUUUCCCAAUACGUUACAUAAAUAAGGGGGGUUGUGUCAUACGCAGAUACAUGUGCAAGCAUUAGACAUCGGGGAGAAUGUGACCAGGGCAGUAACUCUCGGCUACUGUCUUAACCAAUAGUUGUGAAGAAAUUAUAACUAAGAAAUCAAUCAUGUAAGGGAUUUUAUUGAUCUUUUGCUUGCAUCAGGCACUUAUUAUUUUCAAUAAGCCCUUUACAUGAUUAACCAAGAAAUUUGUGUAGUUAAAUAUUGAGUUAGCUGUAUGGCUCCUAGGUGGCUUACUCUUCCAGUACACACUUUACCUCUUGUUAAGUUAUUUGAAUUUGAUAAGCUGUAUAUGUCUUUGUGUAAUGUAACAUAUUCCAGUUACUCAAGUGUUUUUUGCAAUUUUGCUUAAUUAGUGUGAUAUCAAUCUGCAGAUUUAGUUUGGUACUUAUAAAUGUACAAGUAUUUUACUACUUCCAUCAGCAGUAAGAUUUGUUUUAUUUUGAAUGUGAUACAUAUGUACAUACACAGUUUAGUAUUACUCUUACACAGAAAACUGUUUACAUUAAACUUUUGUGUAUGAUAUGAUAAUAGCAACUACAUAAUACAAAUUAUAAUGUUAUUUUCAUGUACUUGGUGUGUUAGUUUAUAAGUACCUAUAGUACCUGCUUUCUGUUCCAGGUUAGGCUGACCAUUAAUAUUAGGUGUUUUUAUUUAUUGGAGUCUAAGUUGUGUCACACCUGGUUUAUUUAUAUAUGAGUAAAGCAACAUUAAUUAUUUUGUGUAACGUUCCAAACUUCAUUACAUAAAAUGUUUGUCACUUAGUUUACUGUUGACAGUACCUUUUUUUUAUUACAGUAUUAUUAUUAUUUUUUUUUUUUUACAUUUGGUUAAGAGGUGCACUAAUAAAUGAUAUUUUUUAAGCUCCUACAAUGAGAGAGAUGCUGUAUGGCUGUGUUUUUGUAUGGCUGAUAAAUAUUGUGCAUGUACAGUAUUCACAACAAAUAUGUUGUAAAAGAAAUUCCUCAGAAUGCAUAAACAAAUCUUGUAUACAGUUUCUUACACAAGGCCACAAUGUGGCCUCUCCUGGAAACCUAGAUUUUGGAUAUUAUAAAAGCUUUCUCAGACAUUAAGUAUUUGGCAUUUUGAUCCUAGAAAAAUAUUGUUAAGAGUUUGUUUGACCUGUUUAUCUUAUUUUCAUCAUUUUUAGUACAGUACACAAGGCUACUUAUAUUAUGGAGAAGGUACAGACACCAAGUUAAGUGUACCUGUUGUUCAGUAUCUCUGAAAUGUAUUGUGUCAAUUAAAUGUAUCUAAGCUGUAAUGGAAUUAUUCAUAUUAGCCAUGCUUGAGGUUCAUUAUAAAUGUGAAAAUAUUUUUGGCCUUUAUGUGUAACUAAAUUUAAUCAAAUGUUUCUAUAUUUUUAUCAUAAGAUAGCAUUAUAUUUUGUAGCUAAUAUCAGUGAUCAGACUUGAAAAUUGUAAUGAUCCAACACUUUUGUGCCAUAAUAGAGGGUUAGCAUUGUCAAUUUGAAAGAUAUGGGUUUGAGCCCAUAGAUGGGCAGGGUUGGAGAAGUGUGUUCAUUAUACAAUGCAUUGGACCACUCUUAAAGCUUACACAAUUUGACACUUGUUACAUGAGGAAUGUCACCCUUGAAAUUGUAGGUUAUGGUAUGAAAAAUGUUUGUUUGAAUAUUUAUUGAUUUAUUUAUUAACAGUUUGCUGCUUGGUGAGAGAUGAAUAAGAAAACAUUUGAAUGGAAUGAACUGGAAUAAGCAAGAAUAAAUAAGCAACUUG